AUGGGUCGUAUAACGUAUGAAAAAAUCGAAGGAGAAGAUGGAGAAAAAUUAGAUGAACUUUUUGGAAUAAAAGAUUGUUUAGUUGAAGUUAAUCCUGGAAGAGUUAUUUUACCACCUGAUUAUAAAGAUAUCGGUGAAAGAAUAAUGGAUUUAAAAGUACGAAAAGAUGAUGUUUGGUUAAUAUCAUAUCCGAGAACAGGUUCGACUUGGGCACAGGAAAUGAUUUGGUGCAUCGGUAACGAUUUAGAUUAUGAAAAAGCAAAACAAAUUCAACAAUUAAGAACUCCCCUUCUGGAACUUUCUGCUAUAAUGGCUCAUCAUCACGGGGAUUGGAUGAAAGAAUUGGGAAAUUCAGUUGAUCUCGUUGAAAAUCUUACAUCUCCGAGAUUUAUAAAAAGUCAUCUCCCGUGGGAACUCUUACCAAAAGAUCUUAAAAUCGUGCAACCAAAGGUAGUGUACGUUGCGAGAAAUCCAAAAGACAUGUGCGUUUCUUAUUAUCAUUAUUGUCAACUCGUACACAACAUGAAAGGUUCAUUCGAGGAUUUUUGUCAUUUGUUCCUUAAGGAUAAGGCACCGAUCGGACCGAUAUGGAAUCACAUUUUAGGUUUUUGGAACAGGAGAAAUGAAAAUAAUAUAUUAUUUUUAAAAUACGAAGAUAUGAAAAAGGAUCAAAAGGGAGCAAUAAAAAAGGCGGCAAAAUUUUUAAAUAAAAAUCUUUCGGAUGAAGACGUGGAAAAAUUGGCUGAACAUUUAUCCUUUAAUAAAAUGAAAGAAAAUCCGGCCGUUAAUUUAGAACCUUUGAUGUCACGUAAAGAAGGUUUUUCGAAAAAUUCACAAUUGAAAUUUAUACGUAAAGGACAGAUAGGAGAUUAUAAAAAUUUUAUGUCUGAUGAAUUGAUUAAAAAAUUCGAUACAUGGACGGAAAAUAAUUUAAAAGGAACGGGUUUGACCUUCGAAACCGUUUAA